AUGGCUUGUCUAAGGUAUAAUAUUUCUUCACCAUCACAGUCUUGGGUUGUGUCUGGUGGUGCACUUGGAGUUCCACGAAGAAGUUGUUCGUUGCUGCUCAGCCCUGCCCUUUCUGCAACCUCACGCUUCUGCAUGUGCAUGUUGUCACCAACGUCGGCACCCAUGGCAACGACAUUCAUGGCAACACCGUUGAUCCGAGACAAUGAUGCUGUCCUCACGUAUAUGCGCCAAGCCGUGGUAAUUCCUAGUGAAGUUGAUGACAGCACCAAAAUUAGGGAACUGAGGGAACGAACUCAUCAGGCAUUGCGGAGAAUUACAGUGCCCGUGGAGACGAUGAAGUUGAUAGAUACACUUCAACGGCUGGGACUAGGGUACAAUUUCGAAGAUGAGAUCAAUGCAUUAUUGAAAGGGUUUUCAGCUGGACACCCCGAUGAAGAUCUCUUAACCACUGCUCUACGUUUUCGUUUGCUCCGACACAAUGGUUACAAAACCUCUACCGAUGUCUUUCACAAAUUCAUGGACAAGAAUGGUGAAUUCAAGGAAUUGUUGAGUGAAGACACAUUGGGUAUGUUAAGCCUAUAUGAAGCAUCCUACUUAGGUGCAAAAGGUGAAGAUGUAUUAUCAAAGGCCAUGGAAUUCACUAAAGCCCACCUAAAAUUAUCAGUUUUACAAAUGGCACCUCAACUCCGGAGACAGGUCCUCCAGUCUUUAGAGAUUCCAAGGCACUUGAGGAUGGCAAGGUUAGAAGCUAGAAGGUACAUUGAAGAGUACAGCAGAGAAAGCGACCACAAUCCAACCCUUCUGGAGGUAGCUAAGUUGGAGUAUAACCAGGUCCAAUCACUUCACCAAAUGGAACUGGCUGAGGUUUCCAGGUGGUGGAAACAGUUGGGUCUCGUUGAUAAGCUCAGUUUUGCUCGUGAUCGACCCUUGGAAUGUUUCCUAUGGACGGUGGGGAUUCUUCCAGAACCAAAGUACUCAGGCUGCCGAAUUGAACUGGCCAAAACCAUAGCCAUUUUACUAGUCAUCGAUGAUAUCUUCGACACUUAUGGGCCAAUGAACGAGCUUGUCCUCUUCACCGAUGCAAUUCGAAGAUGGGAUCUUGAUGCAAUGAAAGAGCUUCCUGAAUACAUGAAGAUAUGUUACAUGGCAUUGUACAACACUACGAACGAAAUUUGCUAUAAGGUGCUGAAAGAGCAUGGACUGAGUGUCCUUCCAUACCUAAAAACAACGUGGAUAGACAUGGUUGAAGCUUUCAUGGUUGAGGCAAAUUGGUUCAAGACAGGACAUGUACCCGAGCUCGAAGAGUAUAUAGAAAAUGGGGUCACAACAGCAGGAGCAUACAUGGCCUUGGUGCACGUAUUCUUUCUAAUAGGGCAAGGGGUCACAGAGAAAAAUGUUAAGCGAUUGACAAAACCAUAUCCUAAGCUUUUUUCAUCCUCGGGAAGGAUUCUUCGUAUCUGGGAUGAUUUGGGAACAGCCAAGGAGGAGCAAGAACGAGGUGAUGUCGCAUCAAGCGUACAGUUGUUUAUGAAAGAGAAGAACAUACAGUCCGAGGAUGAAGCCAGGGAGGACAUCUUGCAACUUACUCAAAACUUAUGGAAAGAGCUCAAUGGAGAGCUAAUUGCUCAAAAGGCUUUGCCUUUGCCCAUCAUCAAAGCCUCUUUGAACAUGUCCAGAGCUUCCCAGGUGGUUUAUCAGCAUGAAGAAGAAAAAUACUUCUCCAGCGUUGAUAACUAUGUACAGUCUUUGUUCUUCACACCCAUUGAUUUCUAA